AUGGAAGAAGCACACAUCGACCUCGAGCCUGGAAGUGAAUGGCGGUUCGAGCUUGAGGCGGACGAGAACAUCGCUGUCAGAGUGCAUUCUCCCGAUCCAGUGUACAUCAACGGCGAGGAGUUUCCCCCUACAACGUGGUAUCCUUUGUACCGAUAUACCAAGGGGGCGAUCUACGCGCCGACCGCGGCGAGGAUUGAGGUCACAUCUCUCCCCGCGUCGCAGUACACAUCCACCUCGACCAUCCAACCACACUUGCACAGCCUUCAUCUCGCUCUUGAACGACUGCGUAUCCUCGCCCGCCGGGGCAACGCCCACGGACCGAGGGUAAUGGUCCUCGGGCCCCCGAGUUCGGGCAAGACGACGGUCGCCAAGUGUCUGGUCAACAUGGCAUUGGGAACCGGAUUGGGAUGGAACGUUUCUGUCGCGGGCCUCGACCCAAACAGCCCCGCAAACCUCAUUCCCGGCACACUCUCCCUCUCGACACCCAACCACCCCCUCCCCUCCCACCACCUCGCGCACCCCUUCGGCGGACCCCCCGCCUCCCUUCCCUCCAACACACAGAGCGCCGACGUACCCACUCUGGGGUGGUGGUAUGGCGCCCUCGAACCUAGCAGCCGGGGCACACCAAUCUGGCACAAGCUCGUCACCUCCAUGGCUGAAGCCUGGCGCGCCCGCUGCACUGAGGACCCCAACGUCUCUCAUUCGGGGUUGUUUAUCGACGCCCCGUCGGCUUUCGCCAACCCCGCCACAGGCCAAACCAAAGAAGAUCGGAGCAGGUAUCCCCUCCUCCGAGCCGCGGUUGAGGCAUUCGACGUCGACCUAGUCCUCGUGAUCGGCCUCGAAAAACUCACUAUCGAGUUACAGCGCCUUCUUCCUCAGAGUGUGAAAGUCGUGCAACUCCCCAAAUCCGGAGGCGUUGUGGAUGUAGACGACGCACACCGCGAACUGGUACAUGCCGCCCAGGUCCGGAACUACUUUUAUGGCGAACCACCCCUCCCACCCGAGCUGAGCGGAUUGCUUGGCCGCACAACCCCACUCGGACUGCAGUUGAGCCCGCAUUCGUUCCAAAUUGGCUGGGAUGCACUGCACGUCCUCCGAGUUGGCGAGGGUAGUGCCGCACCCUCGUCCGCUCUUCCGCUCGGAUCUAGCCAUAUCCUCAGCCCUACCCGGCUUACCCGCGUCGAUCCGGGGGGUCCAGCACACGUUGUCCGCCUCCUCAACACCGUGCUUGCUAUCGUAGCCAUCACACCCGAAGAUCGGGUCGAUAAGGCCGAGAUCAAGGUCGAGGUCAAGGAGGAAGAGGGGGAGGACGUGCCCGAUGCUGUGGCAGGUGCUGUCGAUCUCGAGGAGGACGAGGUGCCGUUCCGCGAGGAGAUUGGGUGGCGCGAGGUCCUGGGCUUUGUCGUUAUUACCGCAAUCGACACGCAGCGCAAAAAGUACACCAUCUUGUCGCCGUCGCCCGGCCGCCUGCCCUCGACCAUCGCGCUCGCCGGACACGGCAUCGAGUGGGUCGACUCCGCAUAA